CACCAAAAGAAUGACUGCUAAUUCCAAAGAUGUUACCCCAGCUGCUGCUGUUUCAUUGACACAAGCUCCUCAAAAACCUAUUCCGAAAUCAGCCAUGGCUCCCAAGCCUACUAAACCAACCCAAGAGAGCGAAGAAGAAAGUGAAGGCGAAGAUGAUGGAAGUGAAGAUGAGGGGACCAAGAUGAAGAGGAGAAAAGAAGCAGCCAUGAAACGAGAGGCACGGAAAGCUGAGGCUCUUUCCAAGAGGAGCGCUGAUGACCUUCGCUCCCCCAUUUGUUGCAUUUUGGGACAUGUUGAUACUGGGAAGACCAAGUUGCUCGAUUGCAUCAGGCGCACAAAUGUUCAAGUGGGGGAAGCUGGUGGCAUCACACAACAAAUUGGGGCUACGUAUUUCCCCAUGGAAAAUAUAAGGGAGAGGACCAAAGAGCUCAAGUCCGAUGCCAAUUUGAGGGUUCCUGGUUUGCUGGUUAUCGACACUCCUGGACAUGAGUCUUUCACAAAUUUGAGGUCCCGUGGAUCUGGCUUGUGUGAUAUUGCCAUUUUGGUCAUUGAUAUAAUGCAUGGCUUGGAGCCCCAAACAAUUGAAUCUAUCAAUCUUUUGAAGAUGAGACAUACCCCAUUCAUUGUUGCCUUGAAUAAGGUGGAUCGAUUGUAUGGAUGGAAAAAUUGCCCAGAUGCUCCUAUAAGAAAUGCUUUGAAGCAACAAUCAAGAGAAGUGAACAAUGAGUUUGAAACGAGGCUUUCCCAGAUUAUUACGCAAUUGAAGGAGCAGGGUCUCAAUUCUGAGUUGUAUUAUAGGAAUAAAGAGAUCAGGAAAUAUGUCAGUAUUGUUCCCACAAGUGCUAUCACUGGUGAAGGUAUUCCAGAUCUUCUUAUGUUGUUGGUGCAAUUAACCCAGAAGAUGAUGGAAGAAAAACUUAUGUAUAUCAGUGAAGUCCAGUGCACUGUUUUGGAAGUUAAGGUUAUUGAAGGCCUGGGAACAACUAUUGAUGUUGUUUUGGUGAAUGGUGUGCUACAUGAAGGAGAUCAAAUAGUGGUCUGUGGUAUGCAGGGGCCUAUAGUUACCAAUAUCCGAGCUUUGUUGACUCCUCACCCCAUGAAGGAGCUCAGAGUAAAGGUAUUCCAAGUCGUUUUAUUCUGCAUCUGAUACUAUAUUUUUAUACAUGCAGUUCUCAUUUUCAUUUUUGAUAGUAACCUUUUACCGAUGUGCUCAAAUAACAAGCAAACCUGCUAUUACAUGGCACAUUAAUGAAGUAGGAAUGAGAACAUUGAUUACUCUGGAUAUUGUUGUC